ACCACAAAAACACUAAGCGUAUUAUAGGCUGUCAACUUUAGAGACCUGGAUGUAGCAAACAAACGUGGACUUACUUUUUACUGGUUAAGCUUUUUCCGUUCAACUUGAAGGCUUUGUAUAAGGCAGGAUUGACAGAUCUGAUGUCAUAAUGGAUAAUUUAUAAUUUUCCUGAGGCAACARGAUGGAUGUAAGGACAUUCUAUCUGCAAGUUUAGAUUCCUUGUAGAAAGUAAAUAAACAUCCACCAUCCUCUGGAGAUAUGGGGGACAAUAAAACUGGAGGGAUUGUUGCAGCUGCAAUGAACCGACUGAAAGUGGUGAAAGGAUUGGAGGAUGUGGAGGUGUCCGAGUGUGAGAGCUGCUCCUUUGAGGUGACUCUUAACCUGGCUUACAUAGAAGGCGUUUGGAUCAGGGAUGGGAUGCAGGUUAAGUCGAAACCAAGUUGUCGCAUCGGCACGCAUGGRAAGAAACACAGCCUCAUCCUAAACCGAGUGGCUUUGGGAGAUGCUGGUUUAUACUGUUUCCAGGCCAGUGAGGUUCAGACAUCAGGCAGACUCAUUGUUAGAGCUAGAGACAUAUAUAUUGUGAAAGAGCUGGAGGAUGUGGAUACGCUUGAGCGUCAACCCGUUAGUUUUAUAUGCGAAGUGAAUCAGGUGGAUCUGGAUGGUCGGUGGUAUCGUGAUGACUGCAGAAUCCGACCUGGAGACAACAUCAAGAUAAGACAUCAGGGAAAAGCUCAUGCUUUGCUCUUCAAGUCAGUCAGACCAGAACAUGCAGGUGAAAUCAGAUUCACUGCAGAGCGGRUUUCAUCUUACGCCACUCUUACAGUAAAAGAGCUGCCAGUCCAAAUAUCUCGACCACUGAGGGUCAAAAUUGCCAUGUAUCGCCACAGGGGUUUACUAGAGUGCCAGGUGUCACGGCCUAAUGCUCAGGUCAGAUGGUACAAGAACAGGAAGGAGCUCCUGCCCUGCAAGAAGUAUCAGCUAAUCAGCCAGGAUGUCUACAGGCAGCUGACCAUCGAAGAUGUUUGCUCUUCAGAUGAAGACACCUACACAUGUGAUGCAGGGGAUGACAAAACUUCAUGUCAACUUUUAGUGGAGGAGCAGGCCAUCAGCAUAGUGCGGGGGAUGAAACCUAUGGAGGUGAUGGAGCCGAACCCUGCACUAUUUCAGGUAGAAACCAGUCUAAAGUCUGGGAGACCCCCGAAGUGGACUCUAAACAGUGAGGUCCUGGAGCACUCUGCAGGAGUGAACAUUGACCGGCAGGGGAACCUACACAGUCUCUGUUUCACAAGCACAGACAGCUCCAUGUCAGGGCCUGUGGUGUUUGUGGCUGGGAAGAGCCGUUCCACCGCUCAGCUUUCUGUGAAGGAGCGACCUCUUGAGGUUGUUCAGCACUUAGAUGAUGUGGAGGCAAGGGAGAGCAGCUCUGUGAGUUUGUGCUGUGAGUUUGCCCCGUCUCCCCGAGUUGUGCGGUGGUUUAAAGGUCGCACCGCUCUGAAGAUCUCGAACAAAUACACCAUGAAGAGAGAGGGGAAACGAGUGGAACUGAUCAUUCACGGCCUGACGGGGACUGAUGCAGGACAGUACAGCUGCAUGGCUGGAGGUUCACAAAGCACAGCACAGGUCAAGGUUGAAGCAAAAACAUUGAAGCUGGUCAAGCAUCUUGAGCCUGUUGACAUUGAGGAAGAUGGCACUGCCACUUUUUCAUGUGAGCUCAACUAUGUUGUUGCCAACGCCGAGUGGCUGGUUAACAACGUCCGCCUCAGCUCUAACGCCAUCAACCGGAUCCAGCACAUGGGCACAAUGCACAGCCUCGUGAUGCAAAAGCUUAGACCACAAGAGAGYAGGGUCACAUUUAAAGCAGGCCUUCUCAAUGAGACAACCAUCUUAAAGGUUAAAGAGCGCCCGGCAGUGUUUCUUAGGUCCUUGGAGGAUGUCGUUGGAGAAGAGCAAGGGGAGGUCUGCCUGCAGUGUGAAAUCUCUAAAGAUUCAGUAACACCUCUCUGGAGGAAGGAUGGUUCUGUCCUGACACCUGAUGAUAAACAUGAGUUUGUACAGUGCGGGAAGUCCAGGGCACUGAUCAUCCACUCACUGAGCAAGAACGAUGCUGGACACUACACUUGUGACCUGGGCACCAGUCAGUCCAAGGCUAAAGUUACAGUACAUGAUCUACAUGUUACUAUUGUUCAGCGGAUAAAGACAGUAUCUGUUCUGGAGAGUGAAAACUGUACUUUUGAGUGCCUUCUCUCUCAUGAACUGGAUGAUGAACCCAUUUGGACCAUCAACGGUCAGGUGGUGGUUACCAACAGUCACAUUCAGCUUGUCCACAACAGUCGCAUCUAUAAGAUGGGGAUUAGAGAUGUCGUACUUUCUGACGCUGGUGACGUCGUCUUCACAAUUAAAGACCUGAGUUGUAGAACCAUGUUAUUUGUGAAAGAGAAGCCUGUGCACAUCUUCAGGGACCUACUCAAUGUAAAGGCUGUACCUGGGGAGGACGCUGAGUUGAGCUGUGAAAUCACCAAACCAGAAGUCACCAUUCGGUGGCUGAAAAAUGGACAUCCUAUCAGGCAGAGCCCUAAAUAUGAGAUGAGCAUUGAGAAGAACUUGGCACGCCUGGUGAUCAAGAAUGCCUCCAUCAGAGACUCUGGUGAAUACUGCUGCGAGGCUGAUGGUGUUGCAUCCCGAGCCAAGGUGGAGAUCAGAGAACUUCAACACACUUUUGCAAGGGAGUUGAGAGAUACUCGAGGAGAAGAAAAGGGUAAAGUGACACUGGAGUGUGAGACCAGGCGGCCUGCCAAGCGUGCGACAUGGCUGAAGGGCAUGGUGGAGCUCAGAUCUGGGAAGAAGUACAUCAUCAAACAGAGGGGAGUGGUUCUAUCCCUUACCAUCACCUGCCUAGAGAAAACAGACACGGAUAUUUAUGUGUGUGAUGUUGGUACCAUGCAGAGCCGGGCACAACUUACUGUGCAGGGUCAGAAGGUGAUAAUCUUGGAUGAAUUAGAAGAUGUGGAGUGCCUUGAAAGUGACACAGUAACAUUCAGGUGUCGAAUUUGUCCCGAUGACUAUUGGGGGGUCAAGUGGUAUCUGGACGAGACUCUGCUUUAUACCAAUGAGGUCAAUGAGAUCCAGGUGACACCGGGAGGUUUCCACACCCUUACAUUUAGACAACUUGUCCGUAAAGACACUGGCACUAUUUCGUUUGUAGCAGGGGACAAAAGAUCUUAUGCCUCACUGCUAGUUAGAGAGAGGCGUCCUACCAUUAUCAAAUCACUGGAAGACUGUGAGGCUUUUGAGGGAGGAGGCUUAGUUUUGUCUUGUGUGACUUCCAAGCCAUGUCACAUCUUGUGGUACAAAGAUGGCUGCCUGAUGUGGCACUCCUCCAGAUACUUCACCACCCAUUCURGCUGUGAAGCCCGACUGACCAUUCGAGAGGUCAGCAACAGCGAUGCUGGAGUGUACGAGUGCAGCGCUGGCUCAGUCACAACCACAGCUGUCGUUACUGUCAAAGCCAUCCCAGCAGAGUUCACCCAGCCUCUGCAUGCUGUGGAGGCCAAAGAAGGAGAGGCUGUUACGCUUACUUGUGAAUAUUCUUUACCUGGAGUCCAGUUUCAUUGGAGGAAAGGUUUUGAGAACAUCCGACCUGGAGAAAAGUAUGUCACGAAGCACAGGAAAACCAUCAUCUCUCUUACCAUCAAAGCGCUUCUGCCUGAGGACUCAGGAGAGUACACAUGCCAUUGCAGGCAACACCAGACGACAGCCAGUCUCAAAGUGCAUGCUAUUCCCAUUACAUUCAUUCAGAAACUGAAGAACCUGCAAGCUGAGGAGGGCAGCAGUGUGAUAUUGCGCUGUGAAAUUUCUAAGCCUGGAAUCCCGGUAGAAUGGAGGAAGGAGGACAACCUGCUGAGGAACGGUGUCAAGUUCCAGAUGAGGAAAAGGGAGACCACUUUGGAGCUCUUGAUUUGGAAACCUGCACCUGAGGACAGUGGGGUGUACAGCUGUGAGUGUGCUGAUCAGAUGACAUCUGCCACAGUCAAGAUCACCGCUCUGCCAGUCACCUUCAAACAGAAGCUGAGGAACGUGUUGAUUGAGGAGGGCAACACUGCCACAUUUCGUUGUGAACUCUCCAAGCCUGGUCAAACUGUAGAGUGGAGGAAAAGUCGAGACAGAGUAAUCAGGAACGGAGAAAAGUAUCACGUGCGACAGAGAGACACUCUUACUGAACUCAGGAUCAUCGAUGUGUCUCCGGAAGACAGCGAUAUCUACACUUGCAUCUGUGGAAACAUUGAGGCAACAGCCACCCUGACUGUGAAUGCCAUUCCUGUGACCUUCAAGCAAAAGCUGAAGAACCAGCAAGUGGAGGAAGGACACAACAUCACACUGCAGUGUGAGAUUUCAAAAGCUGGUGUCCCAGUUGAGUGGAGGCUUGGAGGAGAGCAGUUGGAGAAUGGAGAGAAGUACCAGAUAAAGCAGAGGGAUUCCACCCUGGAACUGACCAUCAGGGAUGCUGUGCCCGAGGACAGCGGCGUCUACACCUGUGUGUGCAGAGAGCAGAAGACAAAGGCCACCGUAAAAGUAAUUGCGGUUCCUGCCACAUUUAMAGUGAGUAUGAAGAGCCAAGAGGUGGCAGAAGGGAAUAGUGUGACUUUACAAUGUGAGCUGUCAAAGAAAGGAGUCCCUAUUCAGUGGCUGAAAGAGGGUCAGGUGCUGUCUGAAGAGUUAAGCCGUGAUAAAUACCAGAUAAAGGUUGAAGGAAGGAAAGCUUCAAUGACUAUUGUCAACGCACAACCAGAUGAUGCAGGGAAGUACAGCUGUAUUACUGGCGAUGAGAAAACCACAGCGGAAAUCAGAGUCAAAGCGCUUCCUGUCACAUUCAAACAAGAACUCCAGCGCCUGUYGGUCCAAGAAGGAGAGUGUGGAGUUUUCUGCUGUGAGCUCUCCAAAUCUGGAGCUGCUGUGGAGUGGAGAAAAGGCAGAGUGAUCCUGAAACCAGGAGAGAAAUUUGAAAUGAAGCAGGAGGGCCAUCUAACUAAACUCAUUAUAAACAACGUGGAGGAAAGCGAUGCUGGCAAAUACACCUGCAAGACCAAACACAGCCAAUCCAGUGCUGAGCUCAGAGUGCGAGAAUCACCUGAGCGCAGACGUCAAAGAGAUCUCCCUCCACGCUUCAAGUUACCAUUAGUUAACCAGGAGGUCACAGAGGGCAACGCUGUGGCUCUGCACUGUGAGCUCAACAAGCCUGCUAACUCAGUGGAGUGGAGGAGAGGAGGACAGCUACUUAGGAAUGGAGACAAAUACCAGAUGAGGAAGAAAGACCUGCAGGUGGAAAUGAAGAUCACAGACCUCACAGUGGAGGAUUCUGGAGAAUACACCUGUGUAUGUGGGGAAGAAAGGACAACAGCUCAGAUCACAGUGAAUGAAAGGCCCAUUAAAUUCAUUCAAGAUCUGAAGAAUAUUCAAGUGCAGGAGGGAAAUGGCGUGGCACUCUGUUGUGAGCUCUCCAAACCGGGCUUCCCAGUGCAGUGGAAGAAGGGUGACGUUGUGCUCACCAGCGGUGAGAAAUACCAGAUCAGGCAAAACGGCUCCAAGCCAGAGCUUCUCAUCAGGAAAAGCCUCCCAGAGGACAGYGGCUCUUACAGUUGCAUUUGUGAUGAUGUCAAAACUACAGCAAGUGUUGCAAUUACUGCAAUUCCAGUGAUAUUCAAGCAAAAACUGAAGAACCAGGAAGCAGUGGAGGAUGGUUGUCUAACAUUACGCUGCGAACUUUCCAAACCUGGACAAGCAGUAGAGUGGAGGAGAGAUGCACAACUUCUGAAGGAUGGAGAAAAAUACGAGAUAAAGCAGGAGGGCCGAGCAGCAGAGAUGCUGAUUAGAACUGUAACUCUUGCAGAUGCAGGAGAAUACAGCUGUUGUGCGGGGACUGCUGUGACUUCAGCUGACAUCAAAGUUAGAGCUCUUCCUGUGACAUUCAAGAAAGAUGUUGAGAAUUUGGAGGUGAAGGAAGGAGAUAGUGCAGCUUUCUGCUGUGAGCUCUCCAAACCCGGCRCUCCGGUCGACUGGAGAAAAGGCAGAGUCAUCCUGAAGGCUGGUUACAAGUACGAGAUGAAACAAGAGAGAGGUCUCACCAAGCUGAUCAUCAACAACGUGGAGGAGAGCGAUUCUGGAAAAUACACAUGCAAAACAGAGGACAGUCAAUCCACAGCUGAGCUCAUAGUCAAAGCUCCGCCCGUCACAUUCAAAACAAAGCUAAGGAACCAGCAGGUGGAGGAGGAAAACAGCGUGACAUUGAGCUGUGAACUGUCAAAGCCCGGCCUCGCUGUGGAAUGGACGAAAGGGAAAGAGCUGCUGAAGAGUGAUUUCAAGUACCAGAUUAAAAACCGAAACAGCAUCAUGGAGCUGACAAUCAAAAACACCCAACUGGAGGACAGCGGGCUCUACAGUUGUAUGUGUGGAGAUGUCAAGACCACAGCGCAUCUCACAAUUACACCCAUCCCUCUAACAUUCAAACUGGGUCUGAAGAACCAGGAGGCUCCRGAGGGAGGGAAUGUGUGUCUGCGCUGUGAGCUGUCCCGGGCYGGGGUGCCMGUGCAGUGGUGGAAAGGGGAGGACCAGCUGUACCACGGAGGGAGAUUCCAGAUGACACAGAAAGGGAUCAUGGCUGAGAUGACCAUCAGAAACAUACAACCAGAGGAUGUUGGAGAAUACAGCUGCGUAAUUGGAGGUCAAAAGACAACAGCUGAAGUCAACGUGAGAGCUGCAGCAUCUGUGUACUUUGAGAAGGAACUAGAGAGCCAAGUGGUUACCGAGGGAAAAUCUGUGCUCAUGUCCUGUGAAGUUUCUAGUGCUAAUGUUCCUGUCACUUGGAAGAAUGACGGCACUGUGGUGGAAGACGGAGAGCAUUACAUAGUGAGAAAAAAAGGCCCUUUGCACACUCUGGAGAUUAAGAAAUUGCAGCUGGCGGAUGCUGGGGAGUACUGCUGCAUCACCAGAGGAAAGAAAACCACUGCCAAACUGAUUGUGAGGGAGCGUGUCAAGAUUGUGAAAGAACUGCAGGACCUAACAGUGACAGCUGGAGAAGACGCUGUGUUUGUGUGCGAGCUGACCCAUGCAGACGUGAACGAGGGCAUGUGGUGGCUUGGUUCGAGCCCCCUGCAGAAAAACGAGAUGAACCAGAUGACGUGCCGUGGCCGCCAGCACCGCCUUGUCCUCACUAUGACAACACCAGAGGAGACCGGCAACGUAGCAUUUGUAGUUGGGGAAGAAAGGACCUCUGCAAAACUGUUGGUUCUCCCUAAGCCCAAAGUUUUGUUUGAGGAGAAACCCAAAGACACUGUCAUCAUGGAAGGAGAGACAGCUUUUCUGUCCUGUGCUACAUCUGAUUGCAUCACCAUGGUUACCUGGAAGCGCAACCAUGUCCCACUUCGAAGUGGUGAUAAAUAUGAGAUGCGCAAGGAGGGUAAAGUCAAUCUGCUUCUUAUCCAUGAUGUGGAGCCCCAGGAUACUGGCCUAUAUUCCUGUGAUACCGGAGAUGUGCAGAGCCAUUUCAAACUGACUGUAACAGGUGAGGUUUCUAAACCUGGAAUCUCUGUUCAGUGGAAGAAGAACAAUGUGCCUCUGAGAGCCAACAGGAAGUAUGAGAUGAAGCAGGAAGGCUGCUUUCUACAGCUUAACAUCAAGRAGAUCAAACCAGAGGACAGUGGCUGCUACACUUGCCAAGCAGGAGAAGCAGAGACUAGUGCCACUGUCUCAGUAAAAGAGCUUCCCCUGUUUUUCAAGGAGAAUUUGAAAAAUGUCACCAUUGAGGAGGGAGGGACAGCCUCUCUUUGYUGUGAGGUAUCCAAGCCUGGGCUAUCAAUACAAUGGAAGAAGAACAGGCUGCCACUGAGAGCAAACAGGAAGUAUGAGAUGAAGCAUGAUGGCUGCUUCCUCCAACUUUACGUCAAGGAUCUCACACCUGAGGAUAGUGGUACCUACUCAUGUCAAGCUGGAGCUGCAGAGACUACAGCAACUGUGACUGUGAAAGAACUUCCUCCCUUCUUCAAGAAAGAGCUAGUAAGCAUGGAGGCUGACGAAGGUGGAGCAGCAUCUUUAUGYUGUGAAGUGUCUAAACCUGGAGCGUCUGUGCAAUGGAAGAAAAACAAGAUGCCACUCAGAGCCGGUAAGAAGUAUGAGAUGAAACGAGAAGGUUCCAUCCUUUAUCUACAUAUCAAAGACCUGAAACCUGAGGACAGCGGCAGCUACUCGUGUCAAGCAGGGAAUGCAGAGACCACUGCAACAUUAUCUGUGAAAGAACAUCUUGUGUUCUUUAUCAAGGAGUUACAAAAUAUGAAUGCUGAGGUAGGAGAGAUGAUCUCAUUGUGCUGUGAACUUUCCAAACCUGGGGUUUCAGUGCUGUGGAAGAAAAACAAGCUGCCACUGAGAGCCAGCAUGAAGCAUGAGAUGAAACAAAAUGGUCGCCUCUAUCAGCUUGACAUCAAAGAUCUCAAACUUGAGGAYGGUGGCAGCUACACAUGCCAAGCAGGGAGUGCAGAAAGCACUGCAAAUGUGGCAGUUAAAGAGCUUGCUUCAUUGUUCAUCAAAGAAUUACAAAGUGUAGAGGCAGAGGUUGGCAGUGCAGCCUCAUUGUCCUGUGAGUUAUCCAAACCUGGAGUGGCUGUUCUGUGGAAGAAGGAUAAUCUGCCUCUGAGAGCCGGCGAGAAGUAUGGGAUGAAACAAGACGGCUGUUUCCUGCAGCUUAACAUCAGGAAGCUCAGUUCAGAGGACAGUGGUAGCUACUCAUGUCACGCCGGAAAUGCAGAAACGUCUGCAACAGUACAAAUAAAAGCAUCAAAACCUCCAUCAGAGGAAAAGUCUAGAASAGCAUUGGCGCAGAUGAAAAGUACUAUCCCUACACCAGCUCCCGCUUCAGAAAAUGAAAAGCCCAAGCUUCCAGAUCCCAACCAGAUUCCCCCAGAGCCCAAGAAGAGGGCAAAUAGGAAAGCAUCUAUUACUUCUGUCGAAAAAGACACAGAGCAAGUUUUUGGCGUAAAGGUGUCUGUGCARAAUGUGAAUAAUGAAGUCCAAGAGGGUGUUCAACAUAAAAGAUCUCCAGUAGAGAACUUGGAUGUUGCUCAGAAUGGAACAAAAGUGGAGAGGAGUGAAGACAAAGGGAGUGAAGUGCACAAGAAAGAGGUUAAGACAGUUCAGCUACCAGAGAAGGAUUAUAAGGCUGGCAGCAGGAUCGAAAAGACAGCUUCACCUCUGGGUAUGGAAAAUGAUCUUAUGGAAAAGAGACAACCAGUAGGAAAUGUAGGAAAAUUUGUUAAAGUCAUCCCUCCAGUAAAUCAGUCAGAAAGGCUUGUGGGUAACAAAGUGRUUGAACUGAAAGAGGCAGAAAAGGGUUGUGACACUGAAAAGGGGUUGAAACAACARGAAAACUCUUCAGAAGAAGCAAAUGAAGUUAAACAGAAAAUAACUCAAAAAGCGACAAUUUGGAGAAACAGUCAGGAUGAAAAAUAUGUACAAGAGCAGCUUAAUGGGAAAGAAAUWAAAACAGAUGUCAAACCUUCAAAAAACAAAGGUGAAGUAGAAAAGACAGAAGAGGAGACUUUGAAACCACCAGUAAGAUCUAAGGCAAAGGUAGCAUAUGGAGAGCAAUCACUCAAGUCUAUUAUGAAUCAAACAGAGGAAACAAUUCCUCAACUAAUCAAGACUUCUCUUAAAGAUUUUGAAGAUCAUAAAGAGAGACAAAAUGGGCAAGAGUUCACAGAGAAGGUAUUGACACAAACUCCCAGAGCAAACCAGCAAUCAAUAGAAGAGCCAGAAAAGGCAGAUGAAAUCCUUCAAUUWGCACCUCCAAAACCACCUGAGAGRAGAAAGAGUAAGAUAAAAAUAGGAAUGGAAAUACAUGAGUCACGGGACACAGAGACAGAUCAAGAUGAUGUACAACCUAAAAGUGUUGGAGUAAAGUCCCCCGAGGAGAAGACAGACAAACAGCUAAAAAAGCCUUUGAAGAAAGACGUUGAAGAAAUUUUAAAGUUAGAAGGAAGUAAGUCUAUCACAAUUGAUAGUGAAGCAGAAGAUAAACUUAAGCAACCAGUAAAACAACCAGUAAAACCAAUUAAGAAGGAACCUGAAAUUAAACUGGCUGUUGAGCCAUUAAGAAGAGUGGAGGAAACACAAUCGACUAAAAUGGAAGAUGACAUUCCUCUGCUCUACAUUUCUGAAGAAGAAACUUUCUCAGAGGCCUUAACUGAGCUCCCUCCUAACCACUUCCAACCUGCUGUUCCCGAGAGACAAACAGGACAGCAACUUAUCCAGGAGAUCCAGCCACCAGAACCGUCUCCCCUGGAGACUGACAUCAUCAUAGAGGAUGAACCCGAAAUGCAAGAAGCUGCCAUUAAGAUCCAGGCAGCAUUCAAAGGCUACAAAGCUCGCAAAGACAUGCGACCGGUCUUUAAGGAGGUAUUCAAGAACCAGAAUGCAGAUCUUCACGGUACACUUACAUUAAAGUGUGUUGUGGAUGGAAGACCCAGCACUGURCGCUGGUUGAAAAAUGGUCAACAUGCUAUAAAUGAUCCUCGAUGCCGGGUUGAAACAACAGAAAAGGGAGAAUGUACACUCGUGGUUAAAAACUUGAACAACAGCGACAGCGGAGUUUAUACCUGUGAGGUGGCAAAUAAGUUUGGUGUGACCUCCUACAAUGGAAACAUAACCGUAGUGAAGACUGUGCAACCUGUUCCUGCAGUCCAGAAGCCUGUACACCCACCACUAGCGGCUAUAACUCCUUUGCAGCUUGCUCCACAGAAGCCUGACACCCAGGACAUGACACAGACUCAAAGUCUGACUCAGAGUCAAGCAGAGCUAGCUCCAAUUGCAGAUGCUGAAAAUUAUGUAGAAAGUGUGAGUGUUUCCCUGUGGGAUACCUACCUCUUGACAGAACAGAACAAUCAAACACUCCUGGAAGAGAGAAGAUCUUCACUCAUUGCUGUCAGCUCCUUGUCAAGUCCUUCAGAGUAUGACACAGCUCCAGAUAUAAUGGAGCCUGUUGAAAGUAUUCCAGUGACACCAAGGGAAGUACCAAAACCAGCUGAUACAAUGCAGCCAAAGGAUAAUAAUGAAGAAACAGCUGCUCCGAAACCUCCUAUGAAACUGCUGAAUGUUAAAGGACCUCAUGAUAUUAAGCUAAGAACACCAUCUCCAAAGCACCAUCGAUCCCACACACCUUUAACAAGUACUGUGUCUGGAUCUGAGUCAGAGGGUGAAGAGGACAGACGAGAGAUAUUUGAAAUAUAUGUAGCUCGAGCCGACUGCAAUCCUAAUAUUGGAAGUAAGGACAGUUUUAUUCUGAAAGAGGGUCAGUUUGUGGAGGUCCUGGACUCUGUUCAUCCUGACAGAUGGUUAGUGAGGACCAAACCAACCAAAACCAACCCGUCUCGGCAGGGAUGGCUGUGUCCUGCCUAUCUGGAAAAGAAGAGAAAAGAAACCUUCCCACAAAGGAGAGUUGCUCAGGAGGAUCUCGAUGGAAUUGGGUCUACAGGGGAAGAGUAUAGGAGAGCACUGAGUCAGCUGAUCCAAGGCUUGAUUGAUGGAGAAGAAGAGUUUGUAAAGGCAAUGAAGAUGUUUAUCACUCACCAGUUCAACCAUCUGGACUAUAGCCACCAUGUCCCCAUUAACAUCCUCAACCAGAAAGAAAUCAUCUUUAGGAACAUUAAAGAUAUUGUUGGUUUACAUGAACGUUCCAUCCUCCCUGGCCUGAGGGGCUGCRUUACAGAUGAUGAUGUUGCCAUGUAUUUAAUCAAGCACGCUGAAUAUUUUGAAAAGUAUCUUCACUACAUGGUGGGGCAAGCACAAGCCGAGGCCUGCAUCAGUGACAAGGCUGUUCAGCAAUACUUCAAAGAGAURGCAGCACCUGAGAAGCCUGGUGAUGCCCCUAUUAUGGAUGUCCUUACUUUCCUGCAGCAACCAGUAGAGAGGAUUCAAACCUACCAGGCUUUACUGAAGGAGUUGAUCAAGAACAAAGCGAAGAGCGGCCAGAGCUGCUACCUUUUGGAGGAUGCCUUCUCCGUGGUGUCCUGUUUGCCCUGGAGAUCAGACAACCUGCAUCGAGUAUCACUGAUUGAAAACUAUCCAGCUCCUCUUACUGCUCUGGGUGAGCCUGUACGACAGGGAGUCUUCACAGUGUGGGAGGAAUCUCCAGAAGUGAAAACAACCUCUAGGGGGCAUCAGAGACAAGUGUUUCUCUUUAAGGAAUGCAUUGUACUGUGUAGGGUGAAGAGAGAUGGCAGCAUGAAUCGAGACACUUACAGCUUUAAGAACAAAAUGAAGCUGAAUGAUGUGGAAAUAAAGGAAACUGUGGCAGGAGAAGACAGGUCCUGGGGUUUGUGGCAUGAGCACAGAGGCUCUAUACGGCGUUACACUUUGCAGAGCAACUCCACUCUGGUUAAGCUGUCCUGGCUGAAAGACCUGAAGGAGCUGCAGCAACGAUCCAGCCUCAGCAAUAACUGCUCUCCAGUGUUUGAGUCUCUGCUUUGUGAUUGCUCAACACAAAUUGGACAGACAAUCAAACUAACCUGCAGAGUAUUGGGAUUUCCAAAACCAGUGGUCAGCUGGAUCAAAGAUGGUCUUCCUUUGGAGGAUGACCCACGCCACAUCAUCUCAGCUGACCGGUCAGGAACAUGCAGUCUUGUCCUGGACUGCCUUACAGCAGAGGACUCUGGUCAGUAUGUGUGCUAUGCAACCAGCUCUAUGGGCAAUGCUGGCACUCUGGCUAAGGUGGUGGUGCAAGCUCCACCCAGAUUUGUGAGCCGACUAGAAAGUGCUUGUCUGAUUGACGGAGAGGAGAUCCAGUUUUCAUGUUCCACUCUCACAACCCCUUUACCAAGAAUCAGGUGGUUGAAAGAUGGCAGGGAGCUGAGUGACAGCAAUAAAUACUCCAUUGUGAACGACGCCCGAAGUGGAAUCUUGUCUCUCACAGUUAUUGGAGCAACAGAGGCAGAUAUCGGACAGUAUGAGUGUGAGSUUUGGAAUGAACUUGGCUGUGUCAAAUGCAAAGCAGGUCUUUGUCCUGCCUUUGUACCGCCGGCUGACAGURAGAGUGACCAAUCACAGGACUUACCUGUCAAAGAAGCUGACUCAGAGGCUUGGUCCACUGCCUUUGUUAAGAAAUGGCUGCAGACUGAUUUCAGCCCUUCUUCUAUUGCAAAGACACAAUUUCCCCCUGGAUCUUCUGAGCAAUACAGCUCUGUUGUGGAUGUUCACCCAUCUGCAGUACAGCAGUCCUCAUGUUAUCUGGAAGACGAAGAAGAAGAGAUCUAUAUUUCAGAGGCUUUGCACGAAAUAACAGAUGCUCCUCCUUUGGUCCAGGUCCCUGCUGAGGAUCUGUGUGUCGAACCUGGGCAACCAGCAACAUUCAUCUCCAUCAUCACAGGAAGACCCACACCUAAAGUACAGUGGUACAAGGAUAGAGAGCCCCUUGCAGCCAAUGAGAAUGUGAAAAUAGUCCAACAUGGUGCUCGCUGCAGCCUAACCAUAUUGUGCCCUGAAGGAGAGGACAGUGGCAUAUAUACCUGCUUUGCUCACAACGACUCAGGCCAAGCCUCCUGUGAAGCUCAGCUAACAGUUGAGGAAGGUCUGCUUGAUCCUCAGGAGAGGGAAGUGGAGCUGGGGAAGAGAAGGAGAUUAUUCUCAGUCUAUGAUGUCCAUGAGGAAAUUGGAAGGGGGACAUUUGGGGUGGUGAAGCGUGUCAUCCACAGAAGAACAGGGGAAGUGUUUUCUGCCAAAUUUCUGCCUCUUCGGAGCAGCUCUCGGACCAGGGCCUUCCAGGAGAGGGAUCUUCUGUCUCGCCUCGCUCACCCCAGAGUGGCCUGCCUGCUGGACUUCUUUUGCACCAGACGCACCCUGGUGUUAAUCACAGAAAUCUGCUGUUCUCAUGGACUUCUGGACCAUUUAUUGAUGAGAGGAUCUGUCUCAGAAAAAGAGGUUCAAUUUUAUGUCCAACAAAUUCUAGAAGGGGUUUGUCAUAUUCACAGCAUGAACAUSAUGCACCUGGAUAUCAAACCUGAAAAUAUAUUAAUGGUGUACCCGCCCAAAGAUGAGAUCAAGAUCUGUGAUUUUGGCUUCUGCCAGGAAAUAGACACAUCCCGACACCAGUACAGUCUGUUGGGUACUCCAGAGUUUGUUGCACCUGAGAUUGUACAUCAAGAACCUGUCACUGUGACCACGGAUAUUUGGGCUGUCGGUGUCAUAACAUUUCUGUGUCUGGUUUGCCGGUGCCCCUUUGUGGGCGAGACUGACCGUGCAACAUUGCUCAGGGUGGGAGAGGCAACUUUAAACUGGGACGCCCCGGACAUCGUAUGCAGGAGCCCAGAAGCCAGGAAUUUUCUCCAUACAGCCCUUCAACCGGAUCCAGAGACUCGACCAUCUGCCUUUGAGUGCUUGAGUCAYGAGUGGCUUCAGGUGAGAAAAAAAAAAACAGAACAUUGAAGGUUUUGUGCUAAU